AUGCCUGCUACUACUCCUAUUAUUUAUGAAGAUUCUUUAUUUGAAUCUCAAGAUUUAUUUGCUUCUCCAUUUAAACAACAACAUCAAAAGGUUGAUACUGUUGCUACCAAAAACGAAAUUGGUUUGGAAUUAAAUUUAGGUUUACCAGAAAUGCAAAAGGCUUCAGAAACUGUUUCCACUCCAUUUCAAAUCCAUUCCAGUGUAUUGGAGUCGGUUUUCAGCACCAAUUUGGAUGGAGUCAAUGAUAUUGAUCAUACUCCAAUGUUUGAUGAAUUGGAUUUGAUUAUGGACGGAGCCAAAGUCAAUUCAUCAGAAGAUUGGGUUGCUCUUUUUGGAGAUGACAAUGAUGAUGGUGUUGCUAUAGCUGGUGCUACUAGCAAAGAACCAAUGUUAUCAUUGAAUGAAGAUAACGAGAACAAUGAUGACGACGCUGAUGACGAUGAUGAUGAUGAUGAUGCUCUUGUUCCAAGAGAAGAUACUAUUGAAGCUUUAUUAUUGGAACCAUCACCAAAUCGUACCAUUUCUGCUGCUACUUCUGCUUCUACUUCAUCAUUAAACAGUCCAGAAAGUACUAUUGCUACCACAGUCACUGCUGGUGGUGAAGUUGUUGUUGCAAGUAAAAAGCAAUUUCAAUUGGUAACACCAAAUCCUUCAUCCACUUUACCAACACCAUUAUUGGAUUCUAAAAAUUCUAAAAAAAGAGUUAAAGUUGAUCAUUUGGGUUGUGUUACCUAUUCGAAAAAACAUAGAUCUCAACCUUUACAACCGAUUGUUGUUGAUGACAUUAAAGAUGCUGCUGCUUUGAAAAGAGCUAAAAAUACUGAAGCUGCUAGAAGAUCCAGAGCUCGUAAAAUGGAAAGAAUGAGUCAAUUGGAAGAUAAAGUUGAGAAUUUGAUUAAUGAAAAGCAAGCUUUACAAGAUCAAGUUGAAAGAUUACAAGAAUUGUUAAGAGUUAAUGGUAUUCAAUUUUAA